UAUCAAGAUAAAAGUCAGAUUUGACACCAAAAAAUGUCUUUAAAAUCCGAGAUAUCUUUAAUAGAAUUAUCUAAACAAAUUCCUUUCAAUAUUGAUGAUACUUUAAAACAGCAGUUAUGCUUUGGCGAAACACUAAUAAUAAGUUGUGGACACACAGAGGGAAAAUCUUAUGACAUUUUAUCGGAUUCAGAAUGUUCCACGUCCGAAACUUCGGUCAGUGAAGAAACCGAUAAGGUUAAGGAUAUUAAGCUCUUGCAACCACAGGAAAUUGUUGAAGAGAAGGCUUCUAAACACUCUAGCGACGAAGAUAACGAUUUUCAUUUCUAUUUUUUCCCUGAUUGUAGUAAACCUGUUCCUCCCAGAGAUAGUAAAAGCAGUCUUAUCAUUAAAGAUGGUAUGCCACAUAUUAAUCGAAGAGAUGUCCACCAAGAUAAUUGCAGCUGUGAGGUUGAUCAGCAAGGUCGAUGUAAAUGUUUGGUUGAAAUACCCUGUCUUUGCGGCGCCGAAGAGAAACCGGAAUGCGUGUGUGGUGCAUUGCAAAACAUAUGUGUUUGCAAUGAAACAAAACCAGAUGUCAAAUGUUCCUGCAAAAGCGCUGAGAUAUGUACCUGCAUCGAUGACAAAUGUCGUUUAAUUUGCAAAUGCGAUAAAAUUGAUAAGCCAUGUAUUUGUCUCAGAGAUAAAUUUCCACGGCCUGUUUGUAUUUGUAAACAUAAACCCAAGACGUAUGAUUCUUCAGUUCCUUCCGAAGUACCAGGCGAAAGCGCACUUGAGGAAUCGACCACCAGAACAACUAAAUCUUCCUGUGAUUGCCAAAAGCGUAAACCCUCUGAACCAGGGGUAGAAGAGGAAAUGACAUGUGUGUGUGAUCAAAAAACUGAAGGAAAAAGCGGUAUUACUUGUUCUUCGAUUUGCCAAAACCCUCAAGAUUGUUCUUGUAUUAAAAACAUGGAGAACGUUUGUCCAUGUUUUCCGGCCACUAGAGUUUGUACAUGUGGAAAUCCAGAGAAUUGUAAAUGUUCAUGUAUUUGUGAAUGUACAGCACCUUGCAUAUGUGACACUCAAAGUAAGAAAAAAGUUGAGUGUGAUUGUUACAUACAACCGCGUGAUGGUGUCGAUCAAAGCGAGGUCAAGAAACUAAAGAAAGUAAGAGCUGGAAAGCAUGGAUACCGCUGGUGUCAUGAUGUUGAUCCACGACACACAUAUUUCGGUUAUGGUUAUGGAAGACAUGAAAAAAUUGUGCAUAGAGAGGUAGAGGAGAAGAAACUUGUAAUUACUGAUAUGAAAGGACAAAAAGAAGCCGAGAGUGACGAUAGUGAAAAACCAAAUAUACCAAGUUACAAGAGAAAGACAAAAAAAUUGUCUCUCGACUGUUGUAGUGCUGUUGGAGGUAUAACUAUUAAUGUUGAGACGCUCGGAGAGGACAAAGGUAAAUUCCUGGUUCAGGUAGUUUCACACUCAUCUAGAGAAGCUGCGAAGACAGGCUCAAAAAUUGUCAGCAUCGUAGACUGUAAGCUACACACACUGGAAGAAAACAGAACUGAGUACAUACAGAGUAGAGAUAAAUUUAAAGAGAAGCGAAAUUAUAUGGCAAUUUGCGAGAGCGGUUACUACAAUAAAGUCACUCGUAUAUGUGGCGACCGUCAUUUAAUAAAGCGGUUUUAUCAUACCUUUGAAGAAGCCCAUAACUUUUUGUUGGAAGGCGCUAAUAUCGUGCUUAUGCGUUAUGUGGGUCUGACUCGUUACAAAGGCUGUAUUAAAACGGAUACCGUUCUUAUUGGCGGCGUUGUGUGCGAAAGUAUUUAUGUUUGCCUUGGAGUGAGUAACGCGAUUGUUAACGGUAAACCAUUCUUUGUGGUGAAAGUUGAACGGCAUAUAAUUGAACCCUCCGGCUACGUUCACCAAACCCUUUUGGUUCUGUCACUUAGGGGUUACAUCGUAAGCCAGGAGUGGGCGAAUAACAGUUACAUUCUACAUAUAAAUCCGUUGUUACGGAUCGUUCCUGAGAAAGACGAAAUAGAACGGCACGAGCCGCUGCGUGAGACGUGGCGAACCGACCUGCAAUUGUUAUCGGAUUACCUAGACUUUAAGUCUACAAGAACUUCAGAAGGCGGGCGGUAUGUAUCUGAGAACGGUGAGUUGACUGGUACAAUCCGCGAUUACUUACAAGCGGUGCUGUUGCUACGCCCCAGUGAUACUCUGCAUUUCACCCGGCAUUACUUCGGAGCUGCACUUUCAGCUCUAGACUUACCCCAUAACGAAUUCUUUGACUCUUCAAACAAACACGUACGGUAUUUCUUCUUUGAAGAUUAAUUCGAUUCGAUCUUUUUGAAAUAUUACCACUUAAAAUUUUGGAAAUUUUAUAUUUACAUAUAUCGCUGCUU